GUCUCGGGGUGUGUCCCUCACUGUUGUAGCUGUUUAGUCGACAUAUAAGAAGUUGUUGGACGGGAGACUGUAAAAGUGCAGAGAAGCUGAGAGCGUCGAAAAUUCUCAGCCAUGGAUUCUACUCGUUUAUUGUCGCUUCUGUUAAUAUUUUGCUGUGUUUCUGCCGUCAACGCCACAGGUAAAGGACGAGGAUUCAUCGGAUACCCUGAGGACUCGGGACUGGUUGUGGUACACCAGACGACGGUUGACAUACUGAAGAGCAACCUCACCACCGUCUUCAUCCCGAUCAUGUACAUCAUCGUCUUCGUGAUUGGACUUCCCGCCAACGGCAUGGCCAUCUGGGUGUUCCUCGUCCGGACGAAGAAGAAGCACCCGUCCUCGAUCUACAUGGUCAACUUGGCUCUGGCUGACCUCCUCUUCGUCAUUUGGACGCCCUUAAAAAUCGCCUACCACUUCAACGGCAACGACUGGACGUACGGCGAGCCGCUGUGCAAAGUCCUGGUGGGCUUCUUCUACGGGAACAUGUACUGCUCCGUCCUCUUCAUCGCCUGCCUCAGCGUGCAGAGGUACUGGGUCGUCGCUCACCCGCUGUCCCAGCAGAGGAAGAACAAUAAAGUCGCCGUCGGUGUCUGCGUUGCCAUCUGGGCGUUCGUCUGGCUCACAACGACGCCGCUGUACCUGUACGACCACACGGUCCGGCUCAAAGACCCCAACAUCACCACCUGCCACGACGUCAACGUCAUCAAAGACAUCCAGAAUCCGUUCCCCUCUGUCCAGCUGCCCUAUUACUACUUCAUCUUCAUGGGCAUGGUCGUGUUUCUGGUCCCGUGCGUGAUCAUCGUGGUGGCGUACGUUCUGUUACUGCGAGCUCUCGGUCACAACAUGGACGACAGCGCGGCGGGGAAAAACCGCCACAGAGCCGUGGUGUUGAUCGUCACCGUCCUGAUGACGUUCCUCGUCUGUUUCAUCCCCAGUAACAUCAUGCUGGUGGUGCACUACUCCCUCCUCAAAGACGGAGUCAUAAACAACGGCUACGGAUUCUACAUCUCCACGUUGUGCCUGGCGAGUCUGAACAGCUGCUUCGACCCGUUCAUCUACUACUUUGUGUCCGAGGACUUCAGGGACCACGUGAAGAACACCCUGCUGUGCCGGAGCAGCAGGACCGUGGAGAGGAUGAGGGUCUCCUUCAGCUCCAUGAAAUACUCCAGGAAGAGCAAGUCGUACGUGUCGGACAGCGGGAACACACAGAGCAGCAGCUGUUAGGGCCGGCAGAGACUCCAUCAGGCCUGCCUGUGCUUGUACAGUAAUCACACAGAUCUUGCUCUAUUUGCAACUCAGAAGAAGAAAUAAAAUGGACAUAAGCCAUCAGGCAGAACCAGGUAACCUCAAUGAACUUUAAAGAGCUGAUCUGGUCUUCUUAAAACCCUCAGAGUAACUCAGAGUAAACUCAGAGUACAAGAGCUGCAUGUGUGCUCCAGCUUUGGUCAGUAAGUUUUUUUUAAUUGUUUUUGCGUUACAGAAAUACAGUUUUGGAGCCAAACCAACUGUCUAAAACACAAAAUGAACAAACCAUUAGAGGCAACAGUGAAUCAGCAAUGUCUUUAAUAUGGAUUGUAAAAUGACUGAUUUUGUCAAUGGAGUCUGGUCUCUCUGGAGUGAGCGAUGAGUCCGCUGUAUCUGGUUUGAAAAAGGGUGUUACAUUUAAAGAAAAUUAUCUUUUUUUUUUUUUUUUACUAGGAAACAAAUUUGUUACGUUGUCAGAUAUUGGUAUCUUUUACACAUUUAGUUUCCAAAAUAUCAUAAAAAGAGUGGGGUCUGUGUUUGUGAGUACCGAUUUGCCCCUUUAGAUGUGAAGAUGGAUGUGUUUGGAUGAGAGCAGAGUACAUUUUAAAGAUGUAUAUAACGUCAUCAUGAACUGCUGUUGAGUGUUAAAUGUGAAGAAUAAAUGCAUAUUUUAGUUUUCUGUGUUUAUAUAUAGAGAGAGAGAGUGUGACUGAACUAUCCUUUCCCCUUCCUUGUAUUUUGACUGACUCCUUGCCUGCACUGAAGACCAUUUAAUGAUAAAGGGCAAGUCAUGACAUUGUGUAUUUAAUAUUCAUUCUGCUUUUUAAUCUGUCAGCAAACUCUUGUCUUUUUAAACAGCUUGUGAAAGAUGAAACUUGGUUUAUUGUUACUUUUUAAAAAUAAAAAUAUAUGAUGAGACAACAA